CUCCGCUUCCAAUCCGCGCCGCCGCCAACUUCUCUGGAUGGGACCAGAAGUUUCUAGCCGGCCAGUUGCUACCUCCCUUUAUCUCCUCCUUUCCCCUUUGGCAGCGAGGAAGCUAUUUCCAGACACUUCCACCCCUCUCGGGCCACGUCACCCCCUCCUUUAAUUCAUAAAGGUGCCCAGCUCCGGCUUCCCGGACACGUCGGCGGCGCGUACGGCUCUUGCUCCGGCCGCGGCCCGCGAGCGACUCGGCGCCUUGAGGCCCCGCACCCCGUGACCCGGCACCCCACGACACCGCACCCCGCCGGCCUCCUCUCCGGGCCGACUGCGAGCCAGCAUGAGCGCUGCCACCCACUCACCAAUGGUGCAGACGGCAUCCGGCAACAGCGCGGGUGACCGCGACCCCCUGCCCCCCGGUUGGGAGAUCAAGAUCGACCCGCAGACCGGCUGGCCCUUCUUCGUGGAUCACAACAGCCGCACCACGACGUGGAACGACCCGCGCGUGCCCCCCGAGGGCCCUAAGGAAACACCGUCCUCUGCAAAUGGCCCUUCCCGGGAGGGCUCCAGGCCGCUGCCCACUAGGGAAGGCCACGCCGUGUACCCCCAGCUCCGACCAGGCUACAUUCCCAUUCCUGUCCUCCAUGAAGGCACCGAGAGCCGGCAGCCGCACCCGUUCUUUGCCACUCCUCAGCCCGGGAUGCAGCGCUUCCGGACCGAGGCAGCCCAGAGGCCCCAGUCACCUCUGCAGGGUGUGGCGGAAACCGCCCAGCCAGAUAAACAGAGUGGACAGGCGGUGGCAGCUGUGGCAGCCCAGCCCCCAGCUUCCCACAAACCUGAGCGAUCCCAGUCUCCAGCCGCCUCGGACUGCUCGUCCUCGUCCUCCUCGGCCAGCCUGCCCUCCUCCUCCAGCAGGAGCAGCCUGGGCAGCCACCAGCUGCCCCGGGGCUACAUCCCCAUCCCUGUGAUUCACGAGCAGAACGUCGGCCGGCCGGCGGCCCAGCCCUCCUUCCACCAAGCCCAGAAGACCCACUACCCAGCUCAGCAGGGCGAGUACCAGGCCCACCAGCCCGUGUUCCACAAGGUCCAGGGGGAUGACUGGGAGCCCCGGCCUGUGCGGGCAGCAUCCCCGUUCCUGUCACCUGUCCGGGGUGCGUCCAGCCGGGACAGCUCUCCGGGCAGAAGCAGCACACCAGGGCACUCCCCGUUGCUCCAGCGUGUGCACACCGUGCUCGAUAGGCCUCAGCAGCCCAUGACCCAUCGAGAAUCUUCGCUUGGUCCCCAGCCUGAAAGUAAACCAGGCCCAGCUGGACCAGAUCUGCUUCCUGGACACAUCCCGAUUCAAGUGAUCCGGAAGGAGGUGGAUGCUCAACCUGUUUCCCAGAAGCCCCCGCCUGCCUCCGAGAAGGUGGAAGUAAAGGUCCCCUCUGCUCCAGUUCCCAGCCCCUCUCCCAGCCCUUCCCCUUCUGCUGCCCCCUCGGCCCCCAAGAAUGUGGCUGCAGAAGAGAGGGCAGCCCCCAGCCCUGCCCCAGCAGAAGCCACACCCCCAAAGCCAGGAGAAGCUGAGGCACCCCCAAAACAUCCUGGUGUGCUGAAAGUGGAAGCCAUCCUGGAGAAGGUGCAAGGGCUGGAACAGGCUGUGAACAACUUUGAAGGUAAGAAGACAGACAAAAAAUACCUGAUGAUAGAAGAGUAUUUGACCAAAGAGCUACUGGCCCUGGAUUCGGUGGACCCUGAAGGACGAGCUGAUGUCCGUCAGGCCAGGAGAGAUGGCGUCAGGAAAGUUCAGACCAUCCUGGAAAAACUUGAACAGAAAGCAAUAGAUGUCCCAGGUCAAGUCCAGGUUUACGAACUGCAGCCCAGCUCCCUUGAAAGCGAUCAGCCACUGCAGGAAAUCAUGGGUGCCGUGGCCGCAGACGAGAGUAAGAAAAGUGCCGGAAACAGAGAAGAUCCCAAAACUGACACUCAGCAGCCAGAAGCCAAGGCAGCAGCCGCUCCAAACCCCAGCAGCACGACAGACUCAGCUGGUGAGCCAGCAGCACCACAGUCUCAAUGAAAAGCCGGCUCAGAGCCUGGGAACUGAUUGUGUGCGUUAGGGAAUUCUAAAUUGCAUGCAUUUCAGGGACUUUAAAUCAGUUGGUUUUUACUCUUCAUAGCCGCUUGGUAUGCAGUAACCUGGGUGGAGGCAAAACAGUAAAAGGGCUAAAAGGAAAAUGAUGCUUUUCUUCAGUAUCCUUAUUCUGUACAAUAAAGUUGCUUGUUUUAAAAGUUUAACAACAUUGCUUGUUGUUCGGGGCCCUCUCUCUGCGUGGACGCCACAUGUUAGCCAUGGUUGUGAGCUGUCUCCCUAUAGCUCUGGACUGGAGGUUUUGGGGGAUAGAGGAGGAGUCAACUUCCCAUCACAUAAAUAUGAAACCCAUUUUCCAGAGAUGUUGCCAUUUUAAUGAGAUGAUUUUCUUCAUCUCAGAGCUAAAAUACCUAACUUUAGAUAGAAUAAAAUAUGUAAGGAGCCACAAAAA